UACAUCAAUCAAAACUAGAACUGAAUUGUCAACAAACUAUUGAAAUUGAUGGAGACUACGAAUUCUAAAAGCGGAUACGCCAACCAUCCUACCUUAAUUGAAAUUUUGAAUGAUAAAAAACUCAAAGUUGGAUUCCGGAUGUUUCUAAAAUCAGAAUUCAGCGCAGAACAUCUGGACUUCUGUGCAAAAGUUGAAAAAUAUAAAAAUAUAAAAAACACUGAAACAAGAAACCAAAGAAUGUUCCAAAUAUGUGAUGAAUACAUAUUACCAGGGUCAAUCAAUCAGAUUAAUUUGGAUCAUUUCACUCGUCAACAAAUUAUUCAACAUAUGGCGACGAACGACAUACCGAACAUUGACAUCUUCAAUAAAGCUCAAAAAUACGUUUUUAACAACAUGGAAAAUGAUGCCUAUCAGCGUUUCAUCUGUUCAAAGUAUUACGAUAUAUGUUGCCGUUCUAGCAGAAGAACACCAUGUCAAUUUUUACAUGAUAUUUUUCAUCAAAGAAAAUUAAAACAGUCUUUCCCUCGUCGGCCUGUCAAAGGUAUCGUUUAAUUAAUUCAGUAACAAAUAAAUUUUGUCCAAUGAAACCCAUUUCGUAAAACUAUGGAUUGAAAUUAAGCUACAGGGUUUGUUAGCUAAAUUAGCCCCGAUUCAAACACACUGAGGAAGCCUUUAAAACCUGAAACUAGAGUGUUUGAGAGCUAUUUUCAAGAUUUCUUUUAUAAUGAAUAUAUUAAAAUAUUUACUUUUCUAACUCGAACUGUGUUUUUCAAAAAUUCAUUUAUUUUUUUAAUAUAUCUUUGUGCUAUGUCAAUUUUGUUCACCUUUUUCUACCUCUUGAGUGUAACACGUACAUCGUCACAUUGCUUGUUAUAGAGUCGAAAUUCAAAAAGCUUAUUUAGAUAUUUACAUUUGUUUUACA